AGGAGCCGCAGCAGCAUCAGCAUCACCGCAACUUGGAGAAACAACUCCACUGUCCGGAGGGGAGCACGCGACUCUGUGCGUACGGGCGCGCGCGCGCGUGUGUGUCUCUGUUUCCCUGCACCUCGCGAGCCCCAGCGUGACUCUCUCCCCGGCGGAUUCAUGAGGACCUAAAGGUGCCUGAGAGGUGCACGGAGUGUCUGCGCGGAGCUGCGCCGGAAGGGGGGACGCCAUGGAUUAUGUAAAAAGCCCCAACGCUCGUCUCUCCAUCGUCAUUUUGAUAAUCAGCGGCACCUGUCACGCUCUGCUGGACAGAUUUCUGGAGGAGAACUUCUCAGAUCAACUUCAUCACAUGGACAUGGACGACAACAGCCAAAUCUUCUCCUGUGAUUUCGAGUCCCAGUGCCUCUGGACUUCAUCAAAUCACAGCGACCAAAGUGACUGGCUGCUGGUGUCACCACAGCAACCGCAAAGUGCACAGGCUGGGAUGGUUCCUGCCACCGAUCACUCAGUGGGAAGCUCCGACGGACACUUCCUCCUCCUGAGCUCCGCCCCCUCAGCUGCCGAGGCCUCUGGGAGCUGCGAGCGCCACCUGACCAGCCCGGCGUUGCCGCGGAGCAGCGGGCGCUGCGUCCUGCGGCUGGCGCUCUACGAGGCCGCGCCGGCAGCGGGGAACCUCACGCUGCAGAUCAGGCCGGUCCUGUCGGGCUCAGUGCUUCGCUCCGUGGUUCCCACCAAAGCGAGGGAAGACGACCCCAGGGCCGGGUGGGAGGUUCUGGAGGCUGUGAUUGGCCAGGUGGACCUGCCCUUCCAGGUGACCCUGCUCUACACGUCCUGUGUGGGCUCAAGUGAAGCCGCCGUGGCUCUGGACUCACUGAAGAUCAUGAACUGUGACUCAGCCCCAGGUGCUGCUCCGUUCGGCUCCCACUGUUCAUUUGAGGAGGACGCAUGUGGAUGGUCUGUGUCCGACCAUUACGGGGCCUGGAGGAGGGUCGCUGGGGAAGAGCUCCCUGACAGCGAGGACGUGCUGGGUGUGACAUCAGGGCACUUCUUGCUCCUGCAGGUCAGGGAGGCUGAUUCCCAUCGAGAAGCAUCCAUCCGGAGCUCGUCUUUCCCUCCUCCGGUCUCUGCCGCCUCCUGCCCGAUGCGUUUCUCCCUCUACCUGUCUGGGGACUUUAAUGGCUCUCUGCUGGUCACCGUGGUGGAGAAUGGCACCGGCGCCGCACCUUUGCUCUGGGAGAAGCGCGACGGGUGGGCGGACGACUGGGAGGACGUGUCUCUGCCGCCGGCCGAGCUCCAGCGCGGGUUCUAUGUGAAGGUGACGGCGGCGUGGACGGAGGGCUCCAAUGCUGACGUAGCUCUCGAUAACAUUCUAAUAGGAGGGUCCUGCUUCGACACAGAUCUCGACUCUCAGCUGUCCAUGGAAGAUUUAGAGGAAAUCUUUCGUCCCCUUCAAGAGCCUUCGACCUCAGAAGGCCCUCUGAUGACGUGGCUGUUCAACUCGUGUGGCGCCAGCGGCCCCCACGGCCCCACGCAGGCCCAGUGUGACAGCACGUACCGGAACAAGAACGUCAGCGUCACUGUGGGGAAGGAAGGCCGACUGAAGGGGGUCCAGGCGUGGAGGGUACCGGCUACUGACAGAUACUUGAUCUCUGCCUACGGGGCUGCAGGAGGAAAAGGAGCCAAAAACCACAACAAGCGCAACAAUGGGGUCUUCAUAUCUGCUGUGUUUCCCCUGAAGAAAGGGGAUAUGCUUUACAUCUUGGUGGGUCACCAGGGAGAGGACGCAUGUCCAGGGAGAAAUCCUGAGACCCAGAAGAUCUGCUUGGGAGAGUCGUCGGUGAUUGAAGAGCCCAGGAGAGAGGCUGGAGCAGCGUGCGCUGGAGGAGGAGGCGGAGGAGGAGGAGCUACCUACAUCUUCAGGAUGGAGGAGGGAGAGCUGGUUCCUUUGCUCAUCGCAGCCGGAGGAGGGGGGAAUGGCUACCUGGAGGACCCAGAGUCCAGUCCAGACCACGUGCCCCUGGAGCAGUAUGAGACCAGUACAGAGCAUUCCAGUGCUAAUGGUCAAACUGGUGCUGCAGGUGGAGGUGGAGGCUGGAGAGAUAGUCCUAGUCCACACCCGAGAGCUGGCAAGUCUCUGGUGGAGGGGGCGGAGGGGGGGUCUUCAUGUCCUCUGGCCCUGUCCAAGCUCGGCUGGUCGACAUCUGGGGGGUUCGGGGGUGGAGGAGGUGCCUGUACCGCUGGAGGAGGUGGAGGAGGAUACAGAGGAGGUGACGCAGCGCCGACGGACGAGAUGACAGCCGACGGUCAGAACGGAGUGUCGUUCAUUAAUCGCGUGGGGGAGAUUUUCCUGCAGCCUCUGGCAGCGAUGGAGAGCCACGGCGAGUGCGAGAUCAAGGUGCAGCUCAACUGCAGCCACUGUCAGAUGCAGAGCUGCAAACAGGAGGAGGACACUCGCCUCAUUCUGUGCCUGUGUGACGAUGACGAAGUCCUGGCCAGCGACAACGUGACCUGCAUCAGGACCGUGGAAGCCUCCCAGGGCCCGGCGCCGCAGGGCCAGAUGUCGGCGUCGCUGAUCUGGGCCGUCGUGGUCUCCACCGUGGCCAGCAGCGUCGCGCUGAUCUGCACCACGCUCAUCCUCAUGUGGUACCGCCGGAAGAACGACCUGCACGCGGUGAGGGGUCGCCUGCAGAGUCCCGAGUACAAGCUGAGCAAGAUCCGCUCGUCCACCAUCAUGACCGACUACAACCCCAACUACUGCUUCGCCGGGAAGGCCGCGUCGCUCAGCGAGCUGAAGGAGGUGCCGCGCCGGAACAUCACGCUCCUCAGGGCUCUGGGCCACGGCGCGUUCGGGGAGGUCUACGAAGGACAAGUGCUGGGGAUGAACGGCGACAACGGCCCCAUGCAGGUGGCCAUAAAGACACUUCCAGAAAUCUGCUCGGAGCAGGAUGAAAUGGAUUUCCUGAUGGAGGCUCUGAUUAUGAGCAAGUUCAGCCACGACAACAUUGUGCGCUGCAUCGGCGUCAGCCUGAACAUCCUGCCGCGCUUCAUCCUGCUGGAGCUGAUGACCGGGGGAGACAUGAAGAGCUUCCUGAGGCUGAACCGGCCGCGAAGCGGCCAGACCUCCUCCCUCACCAUGCGGGAGCUGCUGCAGAUGGCCAGAGACAUCGCCUGUGGCUGCCGCUACCUGGAGGAGAACCACUUCAUACACAGGGACAUUGCUGCUAGAAAUUGCCUGCUCACAUGUCCCGGGCCGAACCGAGUGGCGAAGAUUGGAGACUUUGGGAUGGCACGAGACAUUUACAGGGCCAGCUAUUAUAGGAAAGGGGGUCGAGCCAUGCUGCCAGUCAAGUGGAUGCCACCGGAGGCUUUUCUGGAGGGAAUCUUCACCUGCAAGACUGACACAUGGUCGUUUGGGGUACUGCUGUGGGAGAUCGUCUCCCUGGGCUACAUGCCCUAUCCUUGUAAAACCAACCAGGAGGUGCUGGAGUUUGUCACCAGCGGCGGCAGAAUGGAUCCUCCCAAGGGCUGCCCAGGGCCUGUAUAUCGAAUCAUGACCCAGUGUUGGCAGCACUGUCCUGAGCACCGGCCCAACUUCUCCACCAUCCUAGAGAGAAUCAACUACUGCACUCAGGACCCAGACGUGAUCAACACGCCUCUCCCAGUGGAGUACGGGCCGACUACGGAGGACGACUGCGGUGCCGUGACCCGUCCCUCUGACCAGAUUUCCAGCGGCCUCGCUCCACUUCUGGUGUCUCGCUCCGUUCCCCGGGAUCCUCCCUUCCAGCUGAGUCAGCCGGGCUCGGCCCCGCUGCCCCCGCAGCCCACCAAACCCCGUCUGCUUCUACAGAGGAGCCAGCCCGUCCACCACGAAGUGAAAGCGUGCUGCGAGGUGCUGGAGCCGUCCUGGGCCGAGCCCGUCCUCCCCUCCGCUCUGGUGCCGGACGGGGGUGGGGGCGCGGGAGGCCCCUGGCAGCCGCCCGAGCCGCCCCAUCACCGACCUUGUACCCGAAACAGCUCCUCGUCAGGAAGCCAGCGGCUGAAGAACAAGACCAAGAACCUGUGGAACCCCACUUAUGGCUCCUGGGUGCUGGAAAACUUCAGGGGUAAGAAAGCAGUGGCUCAGACUCAGUCCAUGCCGCUGUCGGGCACCGCCCCCCCCACCUCCUAUACCCAGACCUGCACCCCCGCCUCAGAGAGCAGCGAGGCUGGGUGCGAUAACGCCACCAGCACUUCCGCUACCCCACCCCCUUCCUGUCUGACACCAGCCGCCCCACCCGUGUCCUCGCAUCAGAAGACCCCAGCGGGCGGCACCGCGAUGGCCGCCGUGGACCUGGCCAAGCUGCAGAGCUUCCCCUGCGGCAACGUCAACUAUGCGUACGACGAGCGAACCCACGAGGCAGAGGGUCUGCCCUCGGUGGCGCCCAAAGCAACAGAAGCCAGCCCCAGCAUCCCUCCUGCCCAGAGCUGCUCCUCCGGGACCAGCCUGGCAGCGCCGGGAUUCCAGGCCUCCUCGACCCGCAUGCCCAAGCUGCUGCUGAAGCGCCACUCCAGCUACGGAGCCGAGGACGCCAGGAGGCAGGCCAAAGCAGAGAAGCCCCCACGAGACCGCGACUCGGGCUUCUCUCUGUCUGAAGACCUUAGUGUGACCCCGAUCUAAGGAACCGAGGACCAGAACCUUUCCCUUUGACUCAAACUCUGGAUUAGAGCUCUGCCGCGGUGGAGGGGCCACAGCGUCCCAUUACUGGGGCUCCUGGAAUGCUGGAGAACCCACUUGAACCCUUUCCCUGCACUGUGAUGAAGAGCCACUGGUAGCGGAACACUGAAGCCGAGACUCUGGGCAGCUCACUGCACUGGGACUCAUGGCUCACGGCCGCGAGUCCUUGCUGCCCUAUGACUCAACCUUUCCACUCAGUUUUCUUUUCUAGAAUGUGUUGCACCAUUGGUAGCAGUUAGUUGUGAUUUGUAGUGUGCAGCCAAAAUGACUGUUGUGCUUCUUUAGACUUGUUAAUUUCAGCAGCUUAGUUGGUGUUAGUUGGUUAAUGAAACAUUGGUUUGACUGACAGGUUCUUGCUUCUUGCGCCUGAAGGUUAUUCUUGAUCCUUUUACGUAGUGGAAAUGAUCCUAACAUGAGGUUGACUCACUGGACUUUGUAGAGAAUUUUGUUGGUUUUGUUAUGACACUGUUUCAAACUGGGAAAAACACUGGGUGAGUUUAGAUCUUUCGUUUUUUCCUCCCUUAGCGACCUUAGCUUAGCGGUGUCGCUAGCUACGUCUAGCAUCGCUCCCCAUCUCCUCUGAGACGGAUCCCGGCUCGUUUUUCCAGUAAGUUAGAUGCGAGCGUGUUUCCAGAAAGCAGCUACUUCUCAUACGUUCACCUGAGCCCAUUCAGUGCUAGCGCACGCUCUCGUCCCGCUGGAGGCCUCAGAAAUGCGCAAGCACAGUCUUUCUCACCGAGAUCACCCAGCUGUGAAACGAUGAGCUAUUUUUCUACGCGCCUCCUUACACUGGACUAACCUGUUGCACUUGGGUUUGUGUUGUCCUUCAUUUAUCGUUACUGUACUUGUAGUUGAUCACUGCCAUUAUAUUACGCUGCAGCCCUGGAUGCAGCUCGUACUGAUCUUUACUCAGCAGGGGGAGGUAUUCAGCUUUCAAAUACCAAACCCAACCUUUACUAUAAUACUCAAAGGUUUCAAUGUGAAAAUCUCUGCUCUGCUUUGAUAUUUUUAGUUGUUAGUUACUUAGUGGCCCCUUGUAUACAAGUCCUUAUUUAGAGGGAGGUUGUGUUGAGUGAACUCAUUUACUAUAUAAAGCUUCUGUUUAUUUUUAGGUUCAGGCCUGUUUAUUUUAGUUGCUCGGCAAUUUGAACGUGACAUCUACAUUUAAAAAACAUAACUUUGUAAAUGGUUCACGUAGUUUUUUAAAUACUAAUUCUUAGGGAGACAUUUGUGCCGUUAUGUGUAUUUAAUUAUUUUUUUCUAUGAUCUGUUUUCCUGCAUUCUUUAUGUAGCGUUAUGCCUCAACCAAAAUUGCAAAGGCGUUCUAUGCAAUAUACUGUCCUUCACCCUCAAUAAAUCAACAUUUAUUGACACUA